UGUGGACGAGCGCCAUCUUUUGUUUUUAGAAGUAAUUCUGGAGAGCAAAGCCAUGAAGCCUUCUUUGUUCGAUUGCCUUUUCGUUGUUAUGUAUGCAUCAGUUUCUGUUUUGGCAAACGAGGAGUCAAUUAGCAACACUACAGAGAGAUCAGCAAAAGAUAAAUCAUCGGACAAAGAAGACGCGAAAAUCUCAAUUUAUCGUGCGAUUUUUAAGCAAAAACGCGCAGAGCAAACUCUCGCUGCAGAGAGUAUACUAAAACUUAAUGACUACUCCAAACAAUAUAAAAUGGUUGAAAUUGUUCUUGAAAAAUUGUUUACGGUAUUACAAGAUGCAAAGGUGAAAGUAACAGCAUCAAGUUACAUACCUGGACAAGCAUUUCCUACAGAAAAAUCAGAGUUAGAAGCUUUAGCAAAUGUUCUGGAGAAUACUGCCCUGUUUGGAGAUAUUCUUUUGCGACUACCUGAUAUAACAUACAAGGUGUACACUAAAUCCAGAGAAUGGGAACUUCUGGCCAGAUGGAGUCUAAGCUUUUGCAAUGAAACACAAAUUUAUGAUGAAACAGACUCCAAGUUAUUACAUUUGAUGGCACAAGAGUUAAGACUUGUACCAAGAGAUCCAAACUACAUCAAUCCAUAUAGGCAUGUUGGACACAAAGAGGGUUUGAAAGAUGGUCAGAGUAAAGAGAAGACUUCUAACAAAAAGAAAAAAGAGAAAAAGAAAAGAAGAGGUCCAAGAUUAAGCCAUGCAGAAUUGUAGGACUUAUUGUUAUUACUACUAUUAUUGAAAUAAAAACUUUUGUAAUUAGUUACUCAGUUGAUUGUUGUGUUAAAAAAAUACUAGUUUGGUGCAUAACUGAUACCAUUGGUUUUGGAAUGGCCUAGGCUAAAUUAAAUUUGUGCUUCUGGUCAA